AUGGCCUUGGGCCGGUGCAUGCUGCUUGUUGUGGCAGCGGUCAUGGCAACAACUACGAUUGCUGCCAAACCACGAGUCGCACAAACACCAGACCCUGGCCAGGAGGACUCGAUCGUGCCACAUGGCGCCAGCCAGAUGCAACUGCCAUCAGGUGAAUGCUUUCCCGACUUGACGCAGCCACAACGAGCAGCCGCCGUUCCCCCGCACUGCCACGAUUUUUACAGGCUCUAUCAGCAGUUGGUUGCGUCCCUGCAAAUCCAGCCCCACCAGCUCGCCCAAGCUCAGGCUGACGCCGACGCCUACCUGGCAUCCCUGACCCCGAGCUGCACGUUUGACAACCUCGACUAUGACGAUCAAACGCUCAGCUCGUGGUGGAACGAUAUUGCCGUUCCCCAAGCCCUCGCUGCCACCUUUGUCCUCAUCGGACCCGAAGCCAUCCCUCGUUCCAUCUACAACAAGGCCAUUCCCACUUUAAAUCGCGCCAGGUGGUCGAGCCUGACUGGUGCAAACCUGGUUUGGCAGGCGUAUGUCGAUGUCUUACGCUCUGCUUUUGAAGGCCAACCUUCCGAAGUUUCUCGCGCCUUGGACACUGUCUAUGCCAGCGCAUCUAUGAUAUCCUCGAAGCACGAUGGCAUCAAUCAUGAUGGCUCUUUCAGUCAACAUCGAGGUCAACACCUCACUGGUAGCUAUGGCGCCAACUACACGAAUUUCGUCCUUAACAUUGUGCAUUUGGCACGUGACACCAGCUUCUACAUAUCCCCAAAGCACUUGCACAACUUUGCAAGACUUGUCCUCGAUGGCCAAGCCUGGAUGUCCGUCGGCUCAGACGAAGUCUGGGAUUUUGCUGUCACUGGACGCAUCAUCGCCCGCCCGCCUGGCGUGCACCGUGUGGAUUUCAAUGUCGACCAUCUUGCUGCCCUCAACUCAACUCGUCGCGACGAGUUUCUGAAUUUCGCUCUUCGCCUGGCGCGCAAUGACUCCGGAACAACCCUUCUCGGACACCGCUACUUCUUUGACAGUGACUACGCCAUCAUGCGUGGCCCGGGCUAUCAAUACAGCAUACACAUGUUCUCAUCCCUAUCGACAAAUGCGCGGUGCAUCAACAAUGAGGGCAAGCAAAGUCAGCUCACUGCGAGCGGCACGGUAGCUCUCUACUACACGGGUCAUGAAUAUGACAACAUCUUUCCAGUCUGGGAUUGGCAGCAGCUUCCUGGAGCCCUGCUUGAGCAGCUUCCCAACAAACCCACGUGCAAAUCGACCUACAUGAGGUCGUUGACCUCAGAUGUUGGUGGAGUCAGCAACGGCAAACUUGGUGCCACCUUUAUGACACAAUUCUCGAAACCUCGCCCCCUAAAAUGCGUACGCAGCUGGGCCAUGUUUCCAGACGUGUUAGUGGCUACCGCACAACAAAUCUCUGGGCCUGUCAGCAUGCCAGUCAUCUUUACACUUGCAGAUUGCCGAGCUGCAGGAUCCGUGACCGUGGCUCUGCGAAACGGCAAGCGCAUCAGCAUCAUGUCGCAUCAACUUAUCACUUUGCCGGCUGAAAGCGUUGCCUGGAUUCAUCAUGACAAUACAAUUUUUGCCAUCAAUUCGUCUGCCUCUGGCUCCCUGGAUAUAUUCAGGGGCACGUCCUCGGGCAACUGGAUCUCUAUUGGUGACUCAAAUCGGACUCAAACCGUUGAGCGUUUUUAUGUCAAGUGGACUCUGGCUCAGCCGCUGCCCAAUGCUGCGGCUUACCUGAUGCUGCCUGCCGUGCCUUUGAAGCGAGCGGAUGAUACCCUCAAUACCCUCAUGCGCGAGCUGAAGUUCAAUUUGUCUGAGCGCAGUGCGAUUUACACUCGACUCCACGACAAUGCUGUGACCUCCAUAGCAACUUUUGCAGACGGUGGGCAAAUAGACUAUCAUUCCUCGCAGCUGGGCUGUGAUGUCAGCUGUGCACUGAUCAUCGAGGCCACCGUUGGAUCAUUUGAUUUCAACUUGACCGUUAACGCUCAAGCCAAAAGCAAAUUGUUCACCAUUCUUCUACCUUAUCCCACCGGACAUUGUGAUGGCUGUACCCUUGAGAGCAAUCGCACAUGCGUGUUCCAUCAGCACGGAUUCAGAACACGCAGUGUGACCGCAUCGUGCCACGCCUUGCGACCUUGGCCCUCACGGGACUGA